AUGGUCCUUGCCAACGACCAUGUUGUCGAGAGCCGCAAGAACUUGUACGCUGUUGACGUACUGACUGCCAUGAAGCGGUCAUUGGACGGACGCCUGGGAAAACGUCACGACAACGACGAUUCGGAACUGUUCCUAGACUCGGCGUCCAAGCGACGGUGCUCCUCCACAAGGAUUAAAAAGCGGUUUUGUGUCUUGCGCACAUCGAGGGAGCGGGUAAAGCUGUCGCAACUCAUCAAAGUUCCGGCCAAGGUGCUUCCAUGGAGCAAGGUUGACGACCAAAUCGCCAGCGAAGAUGCGACGACCAAGGUUUCUGUCAACCAGGUGAAGUAUGAACUAAUCUGA